AUAUACAUGAACACGCUAUUGCAUUUUUAAUAACAUUUAAGACCGUAUUUACUGUAGUAGAAGCCGUUUGAUCGGUUAUACACAAGGAGCUCUACCGGUUACACUCACGGUAUGGAAGGAUUGCGUUUGUUUCAAAGGUUUGUGUGUAUGGAAGAGAAUUUAUGCCGUGCAGAAAUGCAGUUACUACACAGGAACGAUGACGGCGGGGAAAGCCUUACAACACUCUCGAACUCUAGUGCGAAUGGGCUUUUACACCGCGGAAACAAACACUCACCGAGACCGGUGAAGGCGUCUCUCAACUACUGCACGUUAUCAAAUUAAAAUGCAUGUAUUAAAUGUAUUAAAAUGGAUAAUGUUAUCACACGUGAUUUGUCACACGCACAUAUACGUCAACACAACAUUCAGUCAGUGCAUGGCGGCGAAAAGAUCAAGAUUAUUCCGUCUUGUAUUAAUUUACAAACAACUAAAUCGGCUCUCAGACGGGAGUCGGCUCCCAUUGUUCACUUAAAGGAGUCGGCUCAUAGAGUUGAUUCGUUCGCGAACGACACAUCAUUGGUGGUGAAUCACAGGAAAAUACAGAACUCCUAGACACAGCUAGGAGCUCGGAUGACUCUGAGGAAUCGAGUUACAUAGUCGUUGAUUCAGAUAAGUUUUAAUCGUCGUAACAAACAGAAAUGCAAAUGAAUUUCAAUUUCGAGGCAGUUAAUUUCAGUGUGAAGGAACUCGGUCGGUAGGGACGCUAAAUGGGACCGUCUCAGAAAUCGUAAAUAACAGGAAUAAAGCUUUGUAUUCAUUUCUAAAACUUCACGAAGGGGAUGGACUCCUGUAAGCCAGAGCUGAUUGUAGUUACAGGGUUUGGUCCAUUCCGGCAAUACUUGGUGAAUCCAAGUUGGGAAGCAGUUAAGGGUUUAAAGAGAAUGGGCUUUGGAGCCAACAUUGAGAUUCACACUGUAGAAAUUCCCGUGUGUUACUCAAAAGCUCAACAAGCUAUUGUUGAAAUAUGGCACAAUCUGAAACCAAAGGUUGCUAUCCAUGUGGGCAUAGCCUCAGGAACCAAAUCCAUUAUUCUGGAACAGACAGGCAAGAACACUGGCUAUAAGGACAGAGAUGUGCGUGGCAUCUGCCCAGCCGAUAACUGUUGUAUUCAAGGAGGAGCAGAACAUUUGGACUCUAUUAUAGACAUGAGGUCAAUUUCCAAGCGCUUGAAAGAGCUUGGACUGGAUGUGAUCUACUCUAGGGAUGCUGGAAGGUUUGUGCUUUAUUGUGGAGUGCUUAUAAAUUGUACUAUCGUAAUGUAUUCUUGUCAAUUUCUUAUGAAGGAACAAAAUACAAUGACAACUGAAGUGCAAAUGUGUGUUUCCUCUGUCUGCAGGUACCUGUGUGAUUUUUUACACUACCUUUCCCUCCAUUAUGGGCAGAGGAGAGCAGCACUCAUCCAUGUGCCUGCCUGUGGCAGUCUGGCAAGCCCAGGAAAACUGGUGCCUCAGCUCCAGACCAUUAUCCAGGUCAUGUUAUGCCAGCUUGACACACAAAGGAUCUGACCUACAGCAUCAGAAUGCAGAUGCAGCCAACAAGAUAUGAAGAAUUAAAUAGUACUUAAAUAAUCUAGUUAGAAAGCACCUGAACGUGUUAAUAAAGACGAAAUAAAUAAAACUUGACACUGGAAUUCUGUCCCAAUCACUUUUUUAAUUCAAAAUUUAAGAAAAAAAAGAAAAUACAUGAAAAUUCAUCAGAUACACAUUAAGCCAAUGUCAUGUAAAAAGUAUACCAUUUGAACUAGAAGUGAGGAGAAAAUAAAAAUAAAGCGAGGAUGCCUCAGAUACAUAAUUUACGAGAAGACGAGUACCAGCCGAGCUGUUUCACCAAAUCAGUUUCUAUCAAUCAGUUCAAUGACACAGAGAUAAGAGUUAUUUGCAAAAAAGAAAAAUUCAAAGCAUUAUUGAUUGAAGAUAUCUCAGUACAGUAGAACAAGGCCCCUUUACUUUUUAGUUUACUUUUUUUUUUUUUAAAUCCGGAAUGCCAAGCAAAAUAACGGUGCCUGGAAAAUGAUGUAUAUAAAACCUCAAGCUCAUUAUUGCAAUUAAAAUGCAUCUAUGCAUCUUCUCUAAACCUGAGGUUUUGUAUUCUGAGGAAAUACAACAAAAAUUAAUGAUAUUUGGGAAAAAAAAAAAAAAAAAAAAGAAAUGAGUCAAUUGAUCUUCAGGUUUGCAAAGAACGGUCAUUGCAAGAAGCGCUAUAUCUACUGUAAACGUUUCUCUUUUAAAAAAAAAAAAAAUUCUA